AUGGCUGACACUCCCGCCCCCGAGGCGGUCAAACCUGUUGAGCAGCCCGCCGCUGCCACUGCCGCCGCUACCGCCGGAGAGGAUGAGGCUGGCGAGGCCGGCCCCUCCAAAAAGGCCCUGAAAAAGGCCGAAGCCAAGGCCAAGAAGGAAGCAGAGAAGGCCCGCCGCGCCGCUGAGCACCAGGCCAGCCAGGCCGCCGCCAAGGCCGCCGCCGGCGGCGCCGAGGAUCUGGCCAAGGACAGUUACGGCCCGGCUCUGCCAACGACCAAGGUGGACGGCCCCCGUGCGCACCUUAAGCACGUCGACGCCGCGCUGCUGGGCAAGACGGUCAAGCUCCGCGCGUGGAUCCAAAACUCGCGCAUGCAGGGCGCCAAGAUGGCUUUUGUUGAGCUCCGCGAGGAGCGCGACUGGGCCAUCCAGGGCGUCGUGGCGGCGUCUGCGGAAGGGACCCCGGUGAGCAAGCAAAUGGUCAAGUGGAUCGGCGCCAUCAACCUCGAGAGCUUCGUGCUCGUCGAGGGACGCAUCGAGAAGCCGCUCGAACCGGUCAAGAGUGUGCGCGUGUCCGAUUACGAGCUGCACAUUACCAAGUGCUACGUCAUCGCGCGCGGGCCCGAGGUCCUGGGCAUGGGUCUCGCCGUAUCGAACCGGCCCGUCGCCAACUUUGACGAUGAGGAGCCGGCCGCGGGUACUGACGCGGACGUGGACGCGGCCACCAAGGCGGUCGAGGCGGCGUCGCUGGAACCCGGCGCCGUCCUGCCGGGCGCCUCCAUGGCCACCCAUCUCAGCAACCCUGCCAUGCACAAGCGGUCGCCGGUGCAGCAGGCCAUUGCCGACGUGCGCAUGACGACGCGCAAGCUGUUCGCCGAGUACCUCGACAGCCAGGGGUUCAACAUGUUUGAACCGCCGUGCCUGAUUGGCGCCGCUUCCGAGGGCGGCUCCAACGUUUUCAGCCUGCCGUACUUUGACAAGCAGGCAUUUUUGGCGCAGUCGCCGCAGUUCUACAAGCAAAUUGAGAUUGCUGGCGGCCGCAAGCGCGUGUACUGCAUCGGUCCCGUGUUUCGCGCUGAAAACUCCAACACACCCCGCCACAUGACCGAGUUUACUGGUCUUGAUUUGGAGAUGGAGAUUGAAGAAGACUACGUCGAGGUCCGGGACAUGCUCGAGGCGACGCUCCUGCACAUCUUCCGCGGCCUAGCCGAGCGCUGCGCCGAGCAGAUUGCCCUCAUCCGUACCGUCUACCCCUCCGACGACUUCUUGCUGCCACCGGCCGGUAAGGAAGUGCGCCUCACUUUUGCCGAGGGCCAGGCGCUGCUGCGCGCCGAAGGCCCGGCCGAGUAUCGACACGUGACGGACGACGAGGACAUGUCGACGCCACAGGAAAAGGCCCUGGGUGCGCUAAUCCGUAGCAAGUACCACACCGACUUUUACGUGCUUGACAAGUUCCCUGAAGGCGCAAGACCGUUUUACGCUCUUGAGGACCCGGCGGACCCGCGCGUGACGAAUGCGUACGACUUUUUCAUGCGCGGUCAGGAGAUCUUGUCUGGAGGGCAGCGCAUCCACGACCCGGAGGCGCUAGUGGCCCGGAUCAAGAAGAAGGGCGUGGACCCGAACAGCCCGGGCAUCAAGGAGUAUGUUGACGUUUUUCGUAGCGCAGGCGUGCCCCCGCAUGGGGGUGGUGGUAUCGGCCUGGAUCGCGUGGUCGCGUGGUACCUGAACUUGCCGAGUGUACACCUGUGCAGCUACUACCCGCGCACACCGAAGCGUCUGACGCCGUGA